AUGGCUGAGUUAUACAGAGAGACCCGCACCUAUCGGGAACGGGGCCGAGAUGACGACUCAUCUGAUGAGGAGAGGCGGCGCACUACAUUCCGUCGCUACAAGGUGACGUCCCCGAGCAAUUACGACGAUCACGAUGAUCCCCGAUACCCCAGCACCGCCCUUGUCGAAAAGAGAGUGGUUGAACGCGAACGAGAAGCCGACCCAUAUGACGACUUCGUCUAUGAGAAAGAGAAAGAGGUCAAGCGGGAGCGCCGACAUGACCGGGAUCGAGACCGAGAUCACUUCGACGAUGACGAUCGUGCCCGCAGCUAUACCUAUGAACGCGAAAUUUCGCGUGGGCAUGAGCACGAUCACGGCCAUAGCCAUCAUGAUCACAGCCACGAUCGUAGUCGCGACCGGGACUGGGGCCGAAAAGCACCCGAAGAGACCGACAUGCGCCUCGAGAAGCGUGUCGAGAGGACUUCGGACGGUGACCUAAAGAUCCAAAGACGCUACGAGGAGUACCAUGACAUAGAUGGGGAUGGCCGCCCAGACAUCGAACGCUACCGAAAGGAAACUGAGUAUUACGCGCCAUAUGAACCACCCAACCCACUCGUUCUCAGGCAACGUGCGCCCGAGCAAAGGAUCAUCGUCCAGGAAGCACCACCUCCUGCCCCGAUCAUUGUGCCCCGCCAGGAUCCCAACAUUGUUGUUAUCCGGGAUGAACCAUCCCGCGAACUUGUACGCAGAAAACCCCACCGUGAUGAUGAAUAUUAUUACCGACAUGAAAAAAAGGAAAUCGGCCCCUACCGCCGGGAAAGCGAGUACAAGGUAGAACGCCGUGGUCGCAGACGCAACUAUGCCAGUGAUGGCGAUUACAGCGAUGACGGUUACGUCGUGCACCGUCGCCGCAGGACCAUUAUUCGCGACCGCAGUUCAUCUAGCUCGGACUCUGACCGCCACAAGCUCCAUCUUGCGGAGGGUGCAUUGGCUGGAGCCGGUGUUACCGCCCUUCUCGCGAGUCGUCGCGAUAAGUAUGGCGAACUGCCGGAACACCGUGGCCGCAAAGUCGUCGCUGGAGCUGCCCUCGGAGCGCUCGGGACGGAAGCGUUCAAAAGGGCUCGUAGCGCUAUUGAUGAGCGAUACGAUAUCCACCGUUCCCCUUCUCGUGACCGCCACUCCAGGAUCAAGACAGGUCUUGGCAUUGCUGCCGCCGCCCUCGCCGUGGCUGGAGCGACGCAGUAUUACAAGGCGAACAAGGUUGAGAAGGAAGAAGCUAAACGCGGCCGUAGCAGAACUCGGGGCUAUUCGAGCGACGAAUAUUAUGCGUCUCGGUCUCCCAGCCGUAAGCGGAGUCGCAGUAGGUCCAUCGCCAAGGCUGCCUUAGCCACGGCAGCGACUGCCGGUGUUCUCAAACAUCUCCGCAACAGAUCGAAAUCCAAGUCUAGAUCAAGGUCCAGAUCGGUCAAGAGUCAGUCCCGAUCUCGGUCAAGGCUACGAACCGGCGCCGAGAUUGCCGCAGCCGCCGUUGCUGGCGGAGCUGCCGGCAAGCUAUACCAGAGACAUAAGGAGAAGAAAGAGGAGAGAGAACGCUCUCGCUCUAGGAGCUCGGACAGCCACUACGAGCCCCGGCAUGGAUCGCGCUCGCGAUCACGCAGCAGGUCGACUACCCGAUCUUUCCACCCCGAGCCCGGUUCCGCUGAUCGUGAGCUAGGCCUAGUUGAGUACGGACACGACCCCCUUCGACCCGAGCCACCGUAUCCUGAUGACGAGUCCGACCGCGCUGCUCGUCGACGACGCCGCCGCCGCAACCGAUCCCGAAACACGGGCGAUUCAUCAGCAUCAGAAGCCGACACGAAGGGGUCGAAACGGAGCCGGAGCCGAUUGCGAGAGAUGGCGGCCGCUGCGCUAGGCACCGGUGCGGCUGCUAUGGGAUUUAAGGAAUACAAGGAUAGAAAGAAAUCAAAGAGCAGGGACAGGGACAUGCCUAGCGAUCGGGAGGCUGAGUCGGCCGACGAUCGACGCGAGAGGCGGAGGAGGGAGCGCGAGCGAAGACGCUAUGAAAACGAUGAUUAUUAUGAUGAUGACGGUUACCCACCAUCUCCUCGCCACGCGUCUGGAGGUUCUCGUCCGAGGAUGUCUGGUGCCAAUUCGGACCCAAAUGACUUCUCCACCUAUCCCCCUCAGACUUACUACCCGGUACCUCCAGACGCGACUGCUACUUAUCCUCCUCCGGGCCCACCACCAGCAGAUGCCCCGGUUUACACAUCCUACCCCCCACCACAGGAGCCAAACGCUUAUCCUGGGCCGCCACCGCCCCCUGGUGCCGUUCCCGGAUACCCACCACCGACGGCUCCAGGACCUGCGCCGGGACCUGCUCCAGGACCAUCAAACCGACCUCCUCCCAUUGGACCUGAGCAUAACAUGUAA